AAAGUAUAAAAGAAUGAAUUUUGCAUGAAGAUCUUCAGUUAAUCGCCACAAUUUGAUAAAAUGAGGAACUUUGCUGUAGUCAGUUUAGCCGUUGCUGUCCUGCUCUUCUGUGCAUGGCCUAUAAAUGCGGAAGAUAAUGAAGAAGUUGGAAAGGCGAGAGAAAAAAGAGGCUUAAAAGACGCAAUGGAACACUUCAAAAAUGGAUUGAAGGAGCUGACAAAGGACUUUAAACUUCCAAGCCUUCCAAGUCUUCCUGGAUUUGGUAAAAAGCCUGAAUCUGGAAGUUCUGAAGAUUCUGGAGAUAAAACUGAGGAUACCAGUGGAUCUAAGGACGACCAAUCAAAGGAUAAUACGGACGAAGAAUCUUAAGAAAGGCGCAAAUAGCUAUUUUCAAAAUGUCGAAUGUUUCUUUCUUUAUCUGAAAUAAAUAUUUUUAAACCUUUCGAAACUA